AUGCAGCCUAUCGCCACGACCAAAGGCAAGCUGACACAGCUCAGAUAUGAGCUUCCGCAGCGAGUCCACGAUGCCACAAUCUACCCGGUCAAAGCUCCCAACGGCUCAACCAUCCUCCUCUACGGACACGAGACAGGUGUGAGCGUUAUCUGGAGGGGAGGGCGACCGCUGAAGAAGGCUGCGCCGCCUCCCAAACAGGCGCCAAAGCCGCAGAAAGUCAAUGGAGCCAACAACGAUGCGAUCAUGAUCAUCGACUCGGACGACGACGAGCCUGCGAAAGCCGCCCCAGCGCCACCGGCGCCUCAAGCUGAGUUUGCAGACGACGAGGAGGAGCUCGACCCAGAUCAGCCAUAUCCAUCAGUCAUACAGCAGAUAAAGCUCUCCUUCAACACCGAAGUCCUGCACAUUGCCGUGCCUCGAGUGCCUACUGUCUCUACACUUCGCCCUGCAGACUCGCUGCCGGCUAUCUUCAGCAAGAAGCUGGUCUUCACUGCCACCUGCGCUGAUUCCACCAUACGCAUCGUCACUCUGCCACUGAGCCCACCGCCACAUUCAGCAAAGGAGAAGCCACUGGGCGCCAGCUCGCAAUAUGGGGAGGAGAUGAUCAAAUUCCAUGGACACCAGAGUAUCGCGCGGGGUAUUACUAUGACCUGGACGUCAAGAGCCGAGCCGAGCGCAAAGUAUGAGACCGAUGACGAGAUGGACAUGGAGGGAGAGGGCGACGUAGGCGCAACACCAGGGCGCCGGCGCAGAAAACAACAAGGCCUGUCCCGCUCACGACCCGGCACGGCAGCUGGCUUCGACAUGUUAAUUGCGACGCACUCGGCCGAACUGGGAGGCCUGUUCAAGAUCUGGCGCUUUGAACUCACUGAAAACUCUGUUAAUGGCGCGCACCCUAUCGCCCCUUACAAGACCGUGACACUACGCAAGCCUGCCUCUCGCAUCGCUUUCAACACCGCUCAGUACCCCAAGCGUCGCCACUCUCAGCUUCUCAUUACUGAUCUGACCGGCACCGCGCGUGUGUACGAUCUAUUCACGCCUGCAGGUCGCAAGCGGAGUGCAAGCGGCCACACCGAACCCGGUGCCUUUACCGCCACGUUCAAGUCUACAUUCGAAAGUAUGAGGUCCAACUCGCACACACCUCCUAUUCUUGCUACUCGCAAAGCAAUCCUCGAUGCGGCAUGGACGUCUGACGGUCGUCACGUUCUUGCUCUCCUAGCAGACGGCGAAUGGGGUGUAUGGGACAGUGAUCAGUCAGGCCCGAGUCCUCCCGCUGAUCCUGCAGCCUUUUCAUUGCGCGGUUUCGUGGGCACAGCCGAGAAGGAAACUAGCAGCAACGGUCCAUCCAGUCCUAAGCGCGGCGGCCGUAACUCGCUUGCGCCCAUGACACCGAACACUCGUCGCAGGAAAGAAGACCAUCUGUUCCACGGCAGCUCGUCUGGUGUUGCUGUACCGACCCGUGGAGGUGUGUCGGUAGCUUCGUCUACUUCCACUUCGAACGGCGCCACGCCUGAGGAUUCAGUCAUCAUCUGGUACGGGUCAGAGAUAUACAGGAUUGCAGAUUUGGCCAAGUUCUGGACUCGCAACACUGCUUCGGCCCGCGGACAGUCUCUCCCUGGUCCUGGCCUCACCCAGCUCCAUGACAUCCCCCUGCUCGGCGCGUCGAUCAGCUCGAUAGCACAGUUUGACACGACUGUUGCUGCAUCUCGAAUGGCCAUCGGCAGAGAUAUUCUCAUUGCAGCAGAACACCGACUCGUUAUUUCGGCGAGUACAAACCAAGCUCUCGGACGCGACCUCGGCGCUAUAUUCGCACUACCGCCGGCGGAAGAGGAAGUCAGCCGGCGAGCAGAUCAAGCUCUUCUCAGUCACGGAGAGCUUGAUCUCGGCGGCAUGGACCGAUUGCUUGAAGACAUGGAGAGCAGUGGAAGCGGACUGAAGAGCCUCACCAUGGGCAAUCCGCGAAAAGUCCUGUUCGCGUCGUCUGCUGCAUGA